CGGCGGCUCAGUGAUCGCUGGGAAGUCGUGACCGCAGUGGAGGCGAGAGCGAGAGGCUCGGAUCUGGGACUGAGAUAGACAGACUGAUCGAGACACGAGGUAGAUAUAGGCGAGAGGCGAGGCAGAUUUGGAUCUAGUCAAAGCGGCAGACAGUCGAUAUGAGGCCGGCGGUGGUGCGCUCGACGGUGUUAGUGCUGGUGAUUGGUGCCGUCUGUGGUGAUCCCCGCACCAGGUACGGGACCUCCACCUGGCAGCCGUCACAGUCCAUCAACUACCCGGGGGAUGAGUUCGACAGAUCCAACAGGCUCGAGGGGCUUCCGAUCUACAUGGCUGAGGCGUUGAGCAAAGCCAAAAACAUCCGCGACUUGGAGCGCUUGGUCGACCAGCCCAGCCGUCUCCGAUACGACGUUCAAACCAUGGCAAGAAACGCUGACACUGGUGGAUUGGCUACUCGCUUUGGUGGCGGAAAUCUGGACACAAAAUCAGGAAACCGUAACGGCGAGAUGGCGGUGGCGGCCGUCUGCAAGCCGGAGCUCACCACUGUCCCUAUCGCCGAGGAGAACAAGAAGAGCAACACCAUCUACUGGCCGUCGUGCACGCGCGUCGAGCGCUGCGGCGGCUGCUGCUCGCACGAGCUGCUCUCCUGCAAGCCCACCGCCACCAAGACCAUCCACGUGCAGGUGGUGAGCAUGGGCUACCAGGACGGCUCCAGCCGGAUGGGCUACACGGACACCAUCAUGGUGCCCCUGGAGAUCCACACGGCCUGCGAGUGCGGCUGCAAGCUGACCGCCAACGACUGCAACCAGUUCCAGGAGUACGUCGAGAGCGAGUGUCGCUGCAAGUGCGUCAACAAAGACGACUACGUCAAGUGCUCGCAGAACAGCCAGAAACUCUGGGAGCCCAGCACAUGCCAGUGCAAGUGCAAGCAGCAGCGAGAGUGCAGCACCGGGCACUACUUCGACCUCAACACCUGCUCUUGCCCAAACCUCUCGGCCGACCGUUCGCGUGCGCGGGCCCCAGCGCAGCAGCCGGUACGACCAGCGGGAGCGAAGAGGGCAACAGCUCGGCUGAGCCGGCCCGCGCAGACCUACCCCAGACGGCGCCACGGCUGGGGCGACUUUGUCGAGACCGUCUACGCCGAGGAGCUGCCGCCGCGGCGCUUCUUUGACGCGGUGUACCCGGAGGAACGGGAGGACGACGGAGAGGACAGGGAGGACGAGGAGGAGGAGGACGGGGACGAGUGGGACGACGACGAUGACAGGCUGGAUUGGCAGGGACGCUCGGGGAGGCGGUAUUGAACUUCAGUGAUACUUGAAGCGCUAUGUGGCGUGUGGCCUGAUGUCACGUGACUAUGGUGUCUGUCGAUUGUAAAGGUGGCCUGCGGUCACGUGACUUUGACGUCGGGCGAUUGUGGUGCUGCUGAAAGUACCUUGUGUAGCGCCAGGUGGCAAAGAGUGUCUGAAUAUUUGCCAAGCCUGACGACGAUAUCGAGUGUCUGGAACACCGUCGGGGACAUGCCGUGUGCGUUACGUGCCGCCAGCUAGUGGCGGACGUCGAACUGCCACCGGGGUCGAGAUAGUUAACCCCGAGGAGACGCAGUUGAGCUGUGUGUACCGUGUACUAGGGUCGUUCAUAGAGGAUCCCUAGGCACUGGAUUCUAUAGCAAGCCAAGCAGUGCGCCCGGCGAAGUGCCAGGCGCACUCGGCGGGGACCACCUGGGAUCCACUGAAUCCACCAGGGUGGCUAGAUGGUAAGCUUUUCGUGUGAUUAAAAAAAAAAAACAGACCGAAUGAGUCCCUCACAAGUGUUCGUAAUAUUGGUCCGCUGCAAGAGGAUGAAGCAAUUCCCGAAAGCUAAAAAAAGACCAAUCUCAUCAGUUAAUGAAACAGAUCUUAACAGAUACGAUCUAUUUCCUGCUUAUUCUAGGCAAAGAUCCGAUAAAGAGCCUUUGCGAUUUAGCUUUGUUGUAUGCAUGUAAUGCUUAUGUGAUGUUGAAAGUUUCUGAAAACUAGGGUUUGCAUGAUAGUUUAUUUGGUAAAGAUGUGAUGUAAAUAUAUGUACAGACAACGACUUUGACAGCUUACAAAAAAAAAAAAAACAGGCAAUAGUCCAAAAACUGUAGCCCGCACAAAUCAUUCUACUCAACUCCGUCAUGCUUUCCAUUAUUUGGCAUAAUGACUAUUAUUACGAGAAAUUGCAGCAAUUCGAAGCACUUUGUCUCUGCCUUUUCUGUACCUGUGACCGCGCCAUCAAGAUCUCGCAUAGACAAAAGGGGUCAAAAUGGAUCGUGUAUUGACACGGAUGGCCCAGCACUUUCUAAUAAGACAGGAUGAAAAUCAGUCAUCAAGGCCACCGAGUGGUAACAAAAGAGAAGCAGAACAUUAUACAAUUACAUUCAUCUUUGACAUCAAAUAUGAAAAACUCGAGCACACAUUGCAGCGGUGUCAUGACGUCCAGCGUAAGACCUAUUACUCGAUUCGAAAACAACGCAAACGUGUUGACGUACAAAUACAAGCCUUGAGUGAAAGAAACAUUGUCUCGAGACAGACCUUUACACACCGAAAAACGGCUCCCAAACUAGUGCACUGAAAACAGCUGUUUAGUUCAAAAAAAUGUGUGCAUAUAAUAGGAAAAAUUACACAAGUCAACUAAUCAAAACGGCACAUAUGAACACUAUAAUGUAAAGUUCAGCUUUUGGCAAUGUCGUCGCAGCGACAUCUAUGAAGCUCACCGCAUCUAAAUCGACUAACAGUCUCUGUAUGAGAGAAUGCUCGAACAACACAUACCGAAACUAAAUUGAACAAACAACAACAGGACCAGAAGAAAGGGCGGCUUGUAAUUAGUCACCUCUUGACGAAAAUAGCCACACCCUGUAUCCAUGAAGGCUAAAUCCACAAACUCGUCAGUAAGACUUUUCGACACAUGUGGGGGGUCAGUAAGACUUUUCGACACAUGUAGGGGGCAUUGAUGAAAGUUUCCACCAAUGUCACACGCUGUGUAUUUGCCGUUGAUUCCCAGAA